GUCAGCGUGUAAGCGAGUGUGCUCCUCUAUACAGUUGCGUACUGCUGCUGCAGCUCUCAGAGCAACUCCACUGCAUGCAACAUGGACACUACGAGCAGCGGCCAGCCGCGGAGGAUCUGAGCGCGCCUCGGGACCGCUGCUGACACGCGAUACGCCACACUGGGGCAGGGAUGAGGUGCCAUCCAGCAGCCGCACACUGGUAGGCGAGUCGUCAGUUGCCAGCGAUGUCAAAGACUCUGAAAAAGAAGAACCACUGGACGAACAAAGUCCACGAAGCGGUGCUCACCAGGAAUAAGGAGGGUGAGCUGGGGUUCGACUUGAAAGGGGGCGCCGAGAACGGCAAUUUUCCUUAUUUUGGGGAGGUGAAGCAGGGUAAGGUGGCCAUCCAGAGCGGCAAGCUGUCCCAGGACGAGCUGCUCUUGGAGGUCAACGAUACACCGGUGGCGGGGCUCACCACCAGGGAUGUGCUGGCCGUGAUCAAGCACUGCAAAGACCCGUUCCGGCUGAAGUGCGUGAAGCAAGGAGGUGUUGUGGAUAAAGAUCUCCGGCAUUAUCUCAACCUACGGUUCCAGAAGGGUUCAGUGGACCACGAGCUUCAGCAAAUCAUACGUGAUAACCUCUACCUCCGGACUGUGCCGUGCACAACAAGACAGCCCAAAGAGGGGGAGGUCCCAGGUGUGGACUACAACUUUGUGAGCAUUGAGCGGUUUAUGGAAUUAGAGAAAAGUGGGGCUUUGUUAGAAAGUGGAACAUACGAAGAUAACUUCUAUGGCACGCCAAAGCCUCCUGCUGAACCCACGCCGAUGCUGUUUAAUGUGACGGACCAACUCUUGCCCGGUGCCCGACCCAGUGCAGAGGGAAAAAGGAAGAGAAAUAAGUCUGUCAGCAACAUGGAGAAGGACAGCAUUGAGCCACCAGAAGAGGAGGAGGAAGAGAGCCCCGUCGUCAAUGGCAACGGCAUCGCCAUCACACCAGAAUCGAGCGAACACGAGGACAAGAGUACUGACGCUUCCGGAGACGUUCCCGUCCAGUCAUGCCCUCCCGAGACCCCCACCCUCACCGCCACAGAUGCCCCUGAGGAGGAAGGAGACGCUCCCGAGCCCCCACAGGACACCCAGGAGAAUGACGACAUGGGCCCUUUGCCAGAUAACUGGGAGAUGGCCUACACUGAGAAAGGAGAAGUUUACUUCAUAGAUCACAAUACCAAAACAACGUCAUGGCUCGACCCUCGACUAGCGAAGAAAGCCAAGCCCCCAGAGGAUUGUGAGGAAGAUGAACUUCCAUAUGGCUGGGAGAAAAUAGACGACCCUAUUUAUGGCAGUUACUAUGUUGACCACAUUAACAGAAGGACACAGUUUGAAAACCCCGUCCUAGAGGCCAAACGAAGGAUCCAACAGCAACAGCAAAUGCAAAGUCAAGGUCUAUCAGCGUUGCCAUUGCCCACAAUAUAUAGAGAAAAGCCUCCAUUCACGAGGGACGCCACACAACUCAAAGGGACGUUCCUCACCACGGUGCUGCAGAAGAGCAAUAUGGGAUUCGGCUUCACCAUCAUUGGUGGGGACGAGCCGGACGAGUUCCUACAGGUCAAGAGCGUCAUACCUGAUGGACCUGCAGCCCAAGAUGGCAAGAUGAACACAGGUGAUGUGAUCGUCUACAUCAAUGACAUCUGUGUUUUGGGCACCACCCAUUCUGAUGUGGUGAAGCUUUUCCAGUCAGUCCCCAUUGGCCAGAGCGUCACCCUGGUGCUGUGUCGAGGUUACCCUCUCCCUUAUGACCCAGAAGACCCCUCCGCUAGCUCCUCCAUGCCCCCUUUGGGCCUAGUGGAUCACCCGUUGCUGCUCAAUGGAAGGAACAACUAUGAAAAUUACAUGGAGUACAUGUCUUUGACUGGCCGCUUAAUACCCGAGCACGGCGAGGGCCUUACCCCACAUCCCCAUCCUGGAGACACACACCUGGACGGCUCGCAGCCUCCAUCCCUGACCACACCGGGACCCCCACCUGAUGACAGCGUCUCCAUGGCCUCAUCCUCAGGAGCAACUGCCGGGGCUCAAGUGGCCCCUGAGCUUCUGAGUCUCACUAUAACCAAAGGUGCAGAGGGUUUCGGGUUCACCAUAGCGGACAGUCCCACAGGGCAAAGAGUCAAACAGGUUCUGGAGCCGCAGGGUUGUCUGGGGUUAUGUGAAGGAGAUUUGAUGGUGGAGAUUAAUCAGAAGGGUCUCCAGGGACUCAACCACACACAGGUGGUGCAGCUGCUCAAGGAAUGUCCAGUGGGAACAGAGGCUACGCUUGUCAUUCAGAGAGGAGCAGCAGCAGCAGGAGAAAUUUUGAGGAAUGUGUACACUGCACUUUGCAAUACAACGAUUGCACAUAGCGACCAAGGGCUGUCCAAAGCUCCACAACCUGCAUGUUCCAAGUCUUCUGAAGCCAUGACAGCUUUAGGCCUCUACACACCCUGGGAUCCCACAAAACAGUGGGAUCCUCAAGGAAGCCCCCAGACCAGCUUGUCGGCUGCUUUGCUCCCCCAUGGUGCUCCACAUCCCGGCCAGCCGCUCCAUCGCUCCUCUGUUCCGGACACAGAGGUCUUCCACCUGGGCAAGCCUGACCCCUAUGACCUCUAUGAGAAGUCACGUGCCAUUUAUGAAAGCAGACGUGUGGAGUAUCAGGAAGUGGAAGUGCACCUGCUGCGUGAGAAGACUGGCUUUGGCUUUAGGAUCCUGGGUGGAGACGAGGCGGUGCAGGCUAUUGUGAUCGGAGCAAUCAUAGAGAACAGCCCUGCGGAGCGCGACGGCAGACUGCAUCCGGGAGAUGAGCUGGUCUCGGUUGACAGGAUGCCCGUGGCGGGGAGACCACACCGCUACGUCAUCGACCUCAUGCACGCGGCGGCACGAAGCGGACAGGUCACCCUGACCGUAAGGAGGAGAGUUCUGCUGCAGCAGGGCCAGCCAUGUGAGGAAAACGGUGCAGCAGCCAAUCAAAGCAGUUCUCCCCGGGGUCAUGCAGUGUGCCCGGUCAACUUGCCCCCCACCACUGAUGUAGUUAUCCACCGUAAGGAAAGCGAAGGCUUUGGCUUUGUCAUCAUCAGCUCCCUCAACCGUCCAGAGACCACAAACACAAUAACUGUGCCACAUAAGAUCGGCCGCAUCAUCGAGGGCAGUCCGGCUGAUCGCUGUGGGAAGCUGAAAGUUGGUGAUCGUAUUAUGGCCGUCAACUGUCAGUCUAUUAUCAACAUGCCUCACGCUGACAUUGUCAAGCUGAUCAAAGACGCUGGACUCACUGUCACCUUGCACAUCAUCCCAGAAGAAGAUGUAAACGGUGCUCAUUCGGCCCCUACAUCAGAGAAGCAGAGUCCCAUGGUGGCCCAGAAGCACAGCCCUCAGACUCAGUCCAGCCCAGCAGCCCAGCAGAGCCCGACCAUGGCUCAUCCCAGCCCACCAGCCCCCCACCCCAGCCCGGCCACCACGCAGCCCAGCCCCCUGCUGAUGGAGCUGGGCCUUGGAGCUCCGCACAGCAGCCCACCAGUGACUCAAAGCAGUCUGCCUGUGAGUCAGGCCGGCCUGGAAGCCAUGCAGUCAGGCUCAGCGGUGACUCAGGCUGCUCCUCCGGGCAUGCCGGGAGUUCAGCCCACCUCCAUCGGAUCAGUGCCGGUACCGCCACAGCUGUACCUUCAUGACACCAGGUCAGAGGUUAAAGCCAGGCAGGAUGUUAAGCCUGAUAUCUGCCAAGCUGCAUAUACAGACUACAGACAGCCUCCGGUGGACUACAGACAUCCUCCUGUAGCAGACUACAGACAGCCGCCCACCAUGGAGUACAGACACCCACCUGCUCUGAUAGACUACAGACAGCAGUCCAUCGCCGAUUACAGACCACAGGACUAUGACUACUUCACUGUGGAACUGGAGAAAAGUGUGAAGGGAUUUGGCUUUAGUAUCCGGGGAGGACGGGAAUACAAGAUGGACCUGUUUGUGCUGAGACUGGCGGAGGACGGACCUGCGAUCCGCAACGGCAGAAUGAGGGUUGGCGAUCAGAUUAUUGAAAUUAACGGUGAGAGUACGAGAGACAUGAGUCACACUCGCGCCAUCGAGCUCAUCAAGGCCGGCGGUCGUCGAGUACGUCUGCUGUUGAAAAGGGGCACGGGACAGGUGCCGGAAUAUGGAAUGGUACCUACCAACCUUACCAUGUGCAUGAAAAGCGACACUCUAGCCUCACCCUAUUUCUUCAUAAUGGGACACUCUAAAGACACGACAGUGCCGCCUCCCGGAGUGCUGUCUCUCCAGCCGCCCCUGCCUUGUCGGAAGUAGGCUCACCCCGCUAGUGUGACACUCGCCCUUUGCCGUCACCCGUCAUCUCAUCCAGCCUCAAACCCUGGACUUUCAGUGGCAUUCUGUGACAGUCUGGACCAAUCACGGCGCCCCUUGUGGCCAGUUUUGUGGGGCUUCGCCCGCAGAACGAAGGGUGGCAGGUCCACCUGUAAGAGCUGUGCUUU